AUGACAGUGCUAAAAACUGGUAAUGAAUUCUCGGAUGCAUUUAGCGAACAGUAUGAGCAAAGUGCUAUCGAUAAAUUUAUCAGUACGAUUCUAUGCAGAGGCGAUUUUGCUAGGCAAAAACUUGACGCGAAGCCGGUUUCAUUCUUUCAACUGUUCCGAUUCGCUACUACAUACGAUCGCUUCAUGAUGAUACUCGGAGCCUUUUUGGCUGUAAUUUGUGGUAUAGGCCAACCGACGAUUUGUUUAAUUGGUGGUAAAAUAACAAAUAUUUUAUUAGUGACAAAAAAUUUUGAAAAAUCUGACACAUUUUGGUACCAGGCUUAUGUAUAUAUUUAUCUUUAUGCAUCAAUUGGAGUCUCGAUGGUUAUUGUCACCAUCACACAAUAUAUUUGCUUAAAAAAUGUAUCAUUAAAUAUAACAUGCACGAUGCGAAAAGAAUACAUGAAGUCAUUACUGCGCCAAGAUGCGACAUGGUUUGAUCAACAGAAGAGUGGAACACUGACUGUUCAACUUAACGCGAAUAUAGAAAAGAUUAAGGAUGGUAUCGGUGAUAAGGUAGGCAUGAUAUUACGUGGUGUAGCAAUGUUUUUAACCUCUUUGGUCAUUGGAUUCAUCUAUGAAUGGCGGAUAACUCUGGUAAUGCUUGGCACAGGGCCUGCUUCUGCUGCGCUUCUGUCCCUUAUGGCUCGACAAGUGGAACGUUCAAGUGGUCAACAAAUCAGCGCUGAUGGCCGUGCUGCAGCAAUCCUGGAAGAAUCAAUCAUAAAUGUGAAAACAGUGGCUGCAUGCAAUGCGCAAGAAACAAUGAUCGGACGAUAUGCAAAAGCACUAAAAGCUUGUCGUAGAUUUGCAUUGCGUGCAUAUGCGUUUGCAGGUUUUUUCGACGGUCUCUUCUUCUUCAUUUUGUAUUUUUUCUUCGCUGCUGGCUUCUACUACGGUGCCUAUUUAUAUCAAAUCCGUGCAGUAACCAAUCCGGGAUUUAUAUUUGCUGUUGCAAAUGUCAUUAUGUUCGGUUCUUAUUAUCUUGGUGUACUCAGUCCACACCUGAUGGCUGUACUUAAUGCACGAGUUGCUGCAGCUGAUAUCUACAAAAUAAUUGAUCGAAAACCGUCUAUUGAUUCCAGUUCAACAGAUGGCAUAAAGUUGAAGGAAGUCAAAGGUCAGGUGGAAUUCCGAAAUGUUAAGUUUUCAUAUCCAACUAGCAAAGAACAUCUGGUUUUGAAUGGAUUGUCAUGGAUUGCAAAACCGGGUGAUACGAUAGCGUUUGUGGGUCAUAGUGGAUGUGGCAAAAGCACUUCUAUUGGUUUGCUUACUCGCUUAUACACCUGUAAUUCUGGUACAGUCUUGAUUGAUGGAAUUAACGUGCUUGAUAUUAAUGUCCAUAGCUUAAGAAAUGUUGUUGGUGUUGUACAGCAGGAACCGCUGCUGUUCACCGGCACAGUAAAAGAAAAUGUACGACUUGGCAAUCUUAAUCUUACGGAUCAAGAAAUCAUCGAUGUAUGCAAAACUGCGAAUGCACAUGAUUUUAUUAGUAAACUAAGUGAGGGCUAUGAUACGAAGAUCGGCGCUGGAGGUAUACAACUAUCCGGUGGACAAAAACAACGAAUAGCGAUUGCGAGAACGAUAGCUCGGAACCCGAAAAUUCUGCUGCUAGACGAAGCUACCAGUGCGUUGGAUGCUGAAAGUGAAGUAGUGGUACAAAACGCCCUUAAAAAGGCAUCUAUUGGACGUACAACAAUUGUUAUUGCUCAUCGAUUGUCGACAUUGCGUGAUUCUAACCAAAUUAUCGUUCUGGACAAAGGUCAGGUGGCAGAAAUUGGAACUCAUAAGGAGCUUUGCAACCGAAAAGAUGGUAUUUACGCAUCACUGGUCAAAUCGCAACAAUUUGAGGAAAAACAGGAUAUGUCACCUGUUCCGGUUGACGAGCUUCCAUCACAAGCAUUUCAUAGAUCUAAUGGAAGUAGUCGCAAUUCGUCAAAUUACGGUAUAUUGUCAUCUAUAACAAGAGGCAGUAUUAUGAGUGGUGAUGUAAAACGCACAUCACUUAUUAAAGAAACAACAGAAAAAAUUAUUGGAUCGAAUGGAAAGAAGGAAAAUGAAUCGAAAGGUUUAUGGCAACUAUAUAAGAACUGUCACGGCAAUUACGGUAAAUUAAUUUUGGCACUGCUGGCAUCACUGCUUCGUGGAAUGGAAUUGCCAGCUUUUGUACUCAUUUUCGACCUUACAUUUGAUGCAUUCGCACAGACAGACUUGGGAUUAAUGAUGCGGCGGAUUUUGCCUGUUGUUAUUAUUUACAUUGCAUUAGGCGUUGCAUGCGUAAUUGUUCUCUUUGCUGCAACAUUUCUGUUUGGAUGGACAGCGGAAUGUGUUGUAGAUUUCCUACGUCUUCGAGCCUUUCGAAAUGUACUUUAUCAAGAUGCGGCAUAUUUUGAUACGCCGUCUACAAGUCCCGCUGUAACAGUCACGCGUAUAUCUGUCGAUGCUCCAAACGUUAAAGCAGCUCUCGAUUCACGAAUGAUGCAAAUUAUGAAUAAUGUUGUGGCAAUUGUUGUGAUGGUUAUUGUUUCGGUAGUAUUUAAUUGGCAAAUUGGCGCUGUUGGCACUGGGAAUCUCCUAACACUCCUUUUGCUGCUAUUGCUCAUCGCACGUCAAAUGCAGAAGUUAAGUAAACAUGCCUUAAAAGAAGAUCUUACCGGGCAACUGGCGAUCGAAAUUGUGGAACAGACACGAACAAUUCAAUUGAUCACAAGAGAAGAGCACUUCCACCAGGAAUAUGCCCAACAAAUCCAGGAACUAUUGCGCCUGCAGAAGAAAAGUGGCCCAUAUGAAGCAAUACUUUUUGCGGUUACAUCCUCCUUUAUGUUUUUUAGUGAUAUGUUAUCUUAUGCAAUAGGAAUUGCCUUAAUCUACUACGGAUACUCUACACCGAACAACGUUUUCACAGCUACAAUGUCAAUUUCAACCAGUGGAUGGGCACUAAUUAUGGUUGCUGGUUGUUUGAAUACAUUCGUCAUGGCAUCUCCAGCUUCUGAUUCAUUAUUUCAGAUCAUUAAUACUGGAAGUAAUUCGAAUGCUAUUGAUCAAGGAACAUGUUCGGAAAUAACGGGCGAUGUUGAAUUUAAGAAAAUCCAUUUCUCUUAUCCAACAAGACCUCAGCGAAAUAUUCUUAAUGGUCUUAAUUUGACAGCUUAUGCGGGACAAAAAAUUGCUGUUACCGGGCCAUCUGGAAGUGGCAAAAGUACUGUUAUCGCAUUACUGGAGCGUUUUUAUCAAUUUAAUUCUGGAGAAUUGAACCUGGGUAAUAAUGCGAUCACGAAAAUAUCACUUAGGUAUUUACGUGAGCAAAUGGCACUGGUUAGUCAGGAACCAGUAUUGUUCUGUGGCACAAUAGCAGAAAAUAUCUUGCUUGGCACGACUGGUAAAACAAUGAAUGACGUACGUGAAGCUUGCAGACUAGCUAAUGCUAUCGGAUUCAUUGAAGCUUUUCCACAGGGCUAUGAUACGGAGGUUGGUGAACAUGGUGGACAGUUAUCAGGUGGUCAAAAACAACGUAUUGCCAUUGCUAGGGCAUUAAUUCGAAAUCCGAAGAUACUGUUACUUGAUGAAGCGACCAGUGCAUUGGACGCGGAAAGCGAAAGGACAGUCCAAGAAGCAUUAGAUACGGCAAGUACUGGUCGAACGUGUAUUACGGUUGCACAUAGAUUGUCAUCCAUUCAGCAUGCAGAUCAAAUAUUUUUUGUUCAAAAUGGACGAGUCGUCGAGGAGGGAACACAUCAGGAGCUUGUAGAACUAGACGGGAACUAUGCUGCUUUGAUUCGUAAACAAGACUUGAAAUGA